AUGUCUCAAUUCGGUGCUAUUGACAAAUUGGCUGUUUCUACCAUUAGAUUAUUGGCCGUCGAUGAAGUCUCCAAGGCUAACUCUGGUCACCCAGGUGCUCCAUUGGGUAUGGCUCCAGCCGCCCAUGUCGUCUGGUCUCAAAUGAACAUGAAUCCAAAGAACCCAGACUGGAUCAACAGAGAUAGAUUCGUUCUAUCUAACGGUCAUGCUGUUGCUCUAUUAUACGCUAUGUUGCACUUGACUGGUUACGACUUCUCAAUUGAAGAUCUAAAACAAUUCAGACAAUUGGGUUCCAAGACUCCAGGUCAUCCAGAAUUUGAAUUACCAGGUGUUGAAGUUACCACUGGUCCAUUGGGUCAAGGUGUUACCAAUGCUGUCGGUAUGGCCAUUGCCCAAAAGAACUUGGCUGCUACUUACAACAAGCCAAACUUUACUUUGUCUGAUAACUUUACCUACGUUUUCUUAGGUGAUGGUUGUUUACAAGAAGGUAUCUCAUCCGAAGCCUCCUCUUUGGCUGGUCAUUUGGAAUUAGGUAACUUGAUCUGUGUCUACGAUGAUAACAAAAUUACCAUUGAUGGUAGCACUGAAGUUUCUUUCGAUGAAGAUGUCGCCAAGAGAUACGAAGCCUACGGCUGGGAAGUUCUAUACGUGGAAAAUGGUAAUGAAGAUUUGGAAGGUAUUGCCGCUGCCAUUGCCAAGGCUAAGUUAUCUACCACCAAGCCUACUUUAAUCAAGAUGACCACUACUAUCGGUUACGGUUCCCUACACCAAGGUAAUCACUCCGUCCACGGUGCUCCAUUGAAGGCUGACGAUGUUAAGCAAUUGAGAAAGAAGUUCGGUUUCGAUUCAGAAAAGUCUUUCGUCGUUCCACAAGAAGUUUACGAUUUCUACCAAGCUAAGAUUGGUACUCCAGGUGCCGCUGCUAACAAGAAAUGGGAUCAAUUAUUCUCUCAAUACCAACAAAAAUUCCCACAAGAAGGUGCUGAAUUCGCCAGAAGAUUGAGAGGUGAAUUACCAGCUAACUGGGAUAGUGCUUUACCAGUUUACACUCCAAAGGAUUCUGCUCUUGCCACCAGAAAAUUAUCUGAAAUGACUUUGGAUAAGAUCUUCAACGAAUUACCAGAAAUCAUUGGUGGUUCCGCAGAUUUAACUCCAUCCAAUUUGACCAGAACCCAAGGUGCUGUUGAUUUCCAGCCACCUUCCUCUGGUCUAGGUGAUUACUCUGGUAGAUACAUUAGAUACGGUAUCAGAGAACAUGCCAUGGGUGCUAUCAUGAACGGUAUUUCUGCUUAUGGGGCUCAUUACUUGCCAUACGGUGGUACUUUCUUAAACUUCGUCUCAUACGCUGCUGGUGCCGUUAGAUUAUCUGCUCUAUCUGGCCACCCAGUUAUUUGGGUCGCCACCCAUGAUUCCAUUGGUGUCGGUGAAGAUGGUCCAACUCAUCAACCUAUUGAAACUUUAGCUCACUUCAGAGCUCUACCAAACAUUCAUGUCUGGAGACCAGCUGAUGGUAACGAAGUUUCCGCUGCAUACAAGGUUGCCAUUGAAUCUAAAUCUACCCCAAGUAUCAUUGCUCUAUCCAGACAAAACUUGCCACAAUUGGAAGGUUCUUCCAUCGAAAAGGCCGCCAAGGGUGGUUACGUUCUACAAGAUGUUGCUAACCCAGAUAUCAUACUUCUUGCCACCGGUUCUGAAGUUUCUUUGAGUGUUGAAGCUGCCAAGGUCUUGGCAGCCAAGGGCAUUAAGGCACGUGUUGUUUCUCUACCAGAUUUCUACAACUUCGAUAAGCAAGACGAAGCUUACAGAUUAUCUGUUUUGCCAGAUGGUAUUCCAGUCUUAUCUGUUGAAGUUUUGACCACUUCUUGUUGGGGUAAGUACGCUCACCAAUCUUUCGGUUUGGACAGAUUCGGUGCUUCUGGUAAGGCUCCAGAAGUCUUCAAAUUCUUCGGUUUCACCGCUGAAGGUGUUGCUGAAAGAGCCACCAAGACCAUUGCUUUCUACAAGGGUAAGGAUGUUAUCUCUCCAUUAAGAAGAGCUUUCUAA